ACACCCCAAAAAGUUCGACUCCCGCCGCAGCGGCGCCUGCGUCGCAGACUACGAGCCAUGGAACUCGAGAACCUCGUGGCCAACACUCUGCUGCUGAAGGCUCGUCAAGCAGGAUUUAGCAAGAAGAAUGGCCGUAGUAAAAAAUGGAGGGAGAUGCUGAAGUUGCCCCCGGUCAGCAUGUGCACUGAGCUAAGAUACUCCAUCGAAAAGGAUUUUAGCAGCCUUUGUGACAAGCAGCCAAUAGGAAGACUUCUUUUCAGACAAUUCUGUGAUACAAAACCAGAUCUAAAGAGAUGCAUUGAAUUCUUGGAUGCAGUGGCAGAGUAUGAAGUUACCAUUGAAGAGGAGCAAACAGAGUUUGGACUGUCAGUCUUAAAUAGAUUCUUCAAGGAGAAGUCAGAAGUCUCCUUACCACAGAUCCCUUCAGCUGUUGUGAAAGACUGUAAAUGGAAUCUAAAGCGGAAUUCCUUCCCUAAAAAUGUUUUCCACGAAUGUGCUAGAAUUGUCUAUACCUAUUUGAGUGAAACACCAUUUGAAGAAUACCAAGACAGUAUAUACUUCUGUCGAUUUUUACAAUGGAAAUGGCUGGAAAGGCAGCCAGUAACAAAGAACACAUUCAGACAUUACAGAGUUCUAGGAAAAGGCGGAUUUGGAGAGGUUUGUGCCUGUCAAGUACGAGCUACAGGAAAAAUGUAUGCCUGCAAAAAACUAGAAAAAAAAAGGAUAAAGAAGAGGAAAGGUGAAACUCUGGCUAUGAAUGAAAAAAGAAUCUUAGAAAAAUUGCAUAGUAGAUUUGUAGUUAGUUUAGCCUACACUUAUGAAACCAAGGAUUCCUUGUGUUUGGUGCUAACCAUUAUGAAUGGAGGGGAUUUGAAGUACCACAUUUACAACCUGGGCAAUCCUGGCUUUGAGGAGCCGAGAGCUGUGUUCUAUGCUGCAGAGCUGUGCUGUGGCUUGGAAGAUUUACAGAGGGAAAGAAUCGUAUACAGAGACCUAAAGCCAGAGAAUAUCCUCCUUGAUGAUCGUGGACACAUCCGAAUUUCAGAUCUUGGUCUAGCUCUGGAAGUCCCAGAAGGGGAGCUGGUUCGAGGAAGAGUUGGUACUGUUGGCUACAUGUCUCCAGAAAUUAUCAAUAAUGAAAAGUAUACAUUUGGUCCUGAUUGGUGGGGACUUGGCUGUCUGUUAUAUGAAAUGAUUGAAGGACACUCUCCAUUCAAAAAAUAUAAAGAAAAAGUCAGCCGGGAGGAAGUGGAAAGAAGAGUGAGGAAUGAAACUGAGGAGUACUCUGAGAAGUUUUCAGAGGAUGCCAAGUCUAUCUGCAGCAUGUUACUCAUCAAGGAUCCAAGUCAUCGGCUAGGCUGUCAUGGUGGAGCUGCUGCUGUAAAGCAGCACCCAGUGUUCAAGGACAUUAACUUCAGCAGGCUGGAAGCAAAUAUGUUAGAUCCCCCUUUCUCUCCUGAUCCUCAGGCCAUUUAUUGUAAGGAUAUCUUGGAUAUUGGGCAGUUCUCUGUAGUGAAAGGAGUCAGCCUGGACAACAAUGAUGAAAUCUUCUAUGCCGAAUUUGCUACAGGGAGUGUCACCAUCCCCUGGCAGAAUGAGAUGAUUGAAUCUGGAUGUUUCAAGGAUCUCAAUGAAGAGGAAGAUGGAGAUUUGCCAUCUCGUAAAAAAGAGUAUUUGUGUCCUGACAUUCUCAGGCCAAAGAGAAAUUUCUUCCGUAGACUCUUCAGAAGAGGGGGCUGCCUGAACAUUGUCCCCAGUGAAGACGGGGAGCCAACACAACGCUGACUGUUCACUGUGCAGACCACAGAGUGAGACCUUGAUGUUAAGAAGGAACCUGUCACAUACUCAGUGUCUUGUCCUUUCCAUGAAUUGUAAUAAACAGUCUAUGACACUGUU